UGUGUGGUAUUUUGACAAUAUUGCGCAACGUUUCUUGAUGAAUAAUUCAUAAUAUUUAUAAAAAUUGCAUGACAUAUUUAAUUAUAUAAAGAUGUCAAGUAUUACGAUAUCAGCCAUAAGACCGCGGACCAGUAUCCUUGAUAAAUCCUUGAGUAAAGGUAAAGGAGAGGUUAGCUUGAGUUGUUUUGCCCUUUUAUUUUCCGAAUUAGUGCAAUAUUGUCAAAACAGAGUCUAUACCGUUCCAGAGCUGCAGAAUAAAUUGGCAGAGAUUGGAGCAGAAGUUGGACACAGGAUAACAGAUCUACUUGUAGUACGAGAAAAGGGUGGCAAACGUGAGAUAAAGCUACUUAAUGUACUGCUAUUUAUCAAAAGUACAGUGUGGAAGUCCUUGUUUGGUCGAGAGGCCGAUAAAUUAGAACAUGCAAAUGAUGACGAACGUACUUAUUAUAUCAUUGAAAAGGAAUCCUUGGUAAACAAAUUUGUGUCAGUACCCAAAGAUAAAGGAAGCUUGAACUGUGCAUCCUUCGUCGCUGGUAUCGUGGAGGCUGUACUUUGCGAUUGUGGCUUUCCGGCUAAGGUAACAGCACACUGGCAUAAAGGAACUACAUAUAUGGUUAAAUUUGAUGACGCUGUUGUUGCGCGUGACAAGCAAUUGGAAGAUCGGUAAUAGAAAGGAAAUAAACACAUACGUUACAUUACUCUUUCUAUAACGAUAAAAUAUAUAAUACCUAUAUACAAAUUUACCAAUUGUUGUGAUA